CUCUGUCAUCAUGGCUCCAUCUGCCGGUCCAUUGCAUUCGCCACAAGAGAUACAAAUCAAGGCGGAACAGCCGCAGGACUCAGUAUGGAGCGUCCCUGCAGCGAACCCAAGCAGUACAGCGGCUACGCCACAGCACCUUCAAGGCUAGCACUCCACCCGGCACCCUCUUGAAUCAGCCGAUAUGCUCCGGACGGGCUUCAGAGUGUUGAUGGAUGGAAAACGCGCACCACUCCACUUAUUCGCGACUUCUAGCAAAGACGUUGUCCUAAACCCCGGGCUUGAAAUCCCCGGACUCGGUCCGGUUGGUGUCCCGAUCAGCCCCCUCGUGGCGGAUGCCAUUGCCAAAUUGUGCCAUGGAACCUCGCUGGCUGGAGGAUCUCUCAGCCAAGAAACUGCCCCUAGAGCCUGCGUACUCAAUGCCGGACAGUUUCGACUCCGCAAUCCCCGAUGGGACGUGCAGGCUAGACUGUUAAAGGACGUGUUACUGAAAAACGUGCUUGACGAUGAAUCUCGACCGAAUGUCGAUAUUCAGUUGGACAACUGUAUGCUUAUUACACCCGGAUCAUCCUUUGUGCCGGACCAACGCCAGCAACCGCCAGAAUCGGUGUUCGGCACGAUGGCUAUAUGUCUCCCCUCGGAGCAUAAAGGAGGCGACAUUGUUGUCUCGUACCGUGGCAAGUCCCAGAUAUUCAGUCCUUCUAUUAUCGGCUCAGAUACUUAUGCGUUCUCACUCGCUGCCUGGUCUGCCUUCGCGAAGCCUGUCGGGACGCCAGUAACUUCGGGGUACCAGCUCAUUCUCACCUACAAGCUAGUCCACAGACCCACUUUCAUGAGCUUGCAUUACCAGCAUGAAGGCGCUGCAACCUCUCUUACGGAUCUUCUUAGCUCUUGGGCGAACUGGGCGGAGGGAGAGACCACGUCAUUCCAAACCGAGGGCGUACCGCCAAAACUUUGGUUCUCGCGGGCAUUAGAGUCAACAAGCGGACCUCGUCUGCCGGCGCUAUUUCACCAACUGCAAGAUUGGUACCCCACCGCUGACCUUGGGUUUGAUGCCCUUAUCGACCAGGAUAAACGCCAGGUGACCAAGCUCCGAAUGGCGUGCCAUUAA